UCCAGAGUUUUUGACUUUUUGUUAUCUUAAACAAAUUAAGUUGCAGUAUGUUUCUAAAAAGUCAUCCACCAUUUCUCCUUCUCGUUUCCUUAUUGUCAAACCGAAACACUUACCUUUCUUCACAACUCAAUUCUUGUUUUUCUUAGUUGGGAUUUGAAGAUGUACUUUUGAUUAUCGGUUCAAAACAUCAUCAACCAAAUAAUCCUCCUCCUUAAUUUGUGUUUAGCUAGUUCUUAUGCUUAGAACCCAAAAAUGAAUGUCUUGUCUUGAUUUGACUUUCUUAUUUCUUAAUUAUUUUUUUAAAAGAAAAAAAAUUCAAGUGAUAGUUUUGCAAAGUAUGCCUAGCGAGGAAGGUCUGGUAGGAAACUCUGAUCAGCUUGUGAGAAUGGCUGCUCUGCCAAGUGGCCGGCUUCACAGCAUGUUGCAGACGGCGGUGCAAUCAGUUCAAUGGACAUACAGUCUCUUCUGGCAAAUCUGUCCACAAAAAGGGAUCUUAGUCUGGUCAGAUGGGUAUUACAACGGGGCAAUCAAGACGAGGAAGACUGUGCAGCCAAUGGAAGUAAGUACGGAGGAGGCAUCCCUUCAGAGAAGCCAGCAGCUUAGAGAACUUUAUGACUCCUUGUCGAUAGGAGAAACGAACCAGCCGGCGCGGCGGCCUUGUGCCGCCUUGUCACCGGAAGACUUAACGGAGUCGGAGUGGUUCUACUUGAUGUGCGUCUCUUUCUCUUUUCCUCCCGGGGUCGGGUUGCCGGGAAAAGCAUAUGAAGAAAGACAGCACGUUUGGCUCACGGGUGCAAACGAGGUUGAAAGCAAAAUCUUCUCUAGAGCUAUUCUUGCCAAGAGUGCUCGUAUACAGACUGUAGUUUGCAUUCCUCUACUGGACGGCGUGGUUGAAUUCGGCACAACAGAUAGGGUUGAAGAAGACCUUGGAUUCAUCAAACACGUCAAGACAUUCUUCGUCGUCGACCACCAAAACCCUCCUCCGCCGAAACCGGCACUUUCCGAGCACUCCACCUCCAACCCCGCCACGUCCUCCGACAUUCCCGGCCCCGUCUACGUCGGCUCCGAAGAUCCUCCGGCGGACGCCAACCAAGAAGUGGACGACGAAGAAGCCGACGACGAAGAAGCCGACCCGGACUCUGAGGCCGAAAUGGAACACAAUGGGCGGCCCCUCUCGGCCCAAAACUUACCGGUGGAGGCGGCGGAGCCCAGCGAGCUUAUGCAGCUGGAGAUGUUGGAGGACAUAAGGCUGGGCUCGCCGGACGACGGUUCCAACAAUUUGAACUCCGAUUUCCACUUGCUGGCCGUGAGCCAGCCCAGGAGCCCCGGUGAGCUUCCAAGGCAACUAGACAGCUCGUGUCGUGCCGAGUCUACUCGACGGUGGCCGCUCCAACCGGACCCGUCCUGCAGUGGUCUUCCGGUAUUGCCAUCAGGCCCAUCUCUUCUUCCAUUAGAGGACUUGAGCUCACAAGAGGACACUCGCUACUCCGAAACAGUCUCCACCAUUCUCCAAAAACAUCCCAGCCUGUGGUCCGAGUCCUCCGACGACCAUGUCACGUACUCUACCCAAUCAGCUUUCGCCAAGUGGACAUCCCACUCCGACCACUACCUCCACGAGUCGUCCUCCGAGGACACGUCCCAGUGGCUCUUAAAAUACAUCCUCUUCAGCGUACCAUUCCUCCACACCAAGUACCGCGACGAGAACUCGCCCAAGUCCCGGGACGGCGACGGACCCGGCGGCGCCGACGCGGCGUCUCGGCUUCGAAAGGGUGGCGGCGGCGCGCCGCAAGAUGACCUCAGCGCCAACCACGUGCUGGCGGAGCGGCGGCGGAGGGAGAAGCUCAACGAGCGGGUCAUCAUAUUGAGGUCGCUCGUGCCUUUCGUCACGAAGAUGGACAAGGCUUCCAUAUUGGGGGACACAAUCGAGUACGUCAAGCAGUUGAGAAAGAGGAUUCAGGAUCUCGAGGCGCGUAUCCGCCAGACGGAUGUUGAUCAACGGUCCAACUUUGGUGGGGACCCGCAGAGGACGAGUAGUACUGGCUCUUUAAAAGAAGUGCGGAGCAGGUUGACCAUGGUUGACCAUACCCGGGUCAGCCCGAUCGGGUCGGACAAGAGGAAGUUGAGGAUCGUGGAGGGGAGUUGCGGCGGGGCUAAACCUAAGACGGUGGAGUCUCCGUCUCCAAUGGAGACGUCAGUGCAGGUGUCGAUUAUAGAGAGUGAGGGGUUGUUGGAGCUCCAAUGCCCGCACAAAGAAGGGUUGUUACUUGAGGUCAUGCAAAUGCUCCGUGAGCUCCGGAUUGAGACCACAACGGUGCAAUCUUCAUUGAACAAUGACUUCUUUGUGGCUGAACUUAGGGCCAAGGUGAAGGGGUAUGUGAAUGGAAAGAAGGCAAGUAUUGUGGAAGUGAAGAGGGCAAUAAAUCAAAUCAUACCCCACAGCGAUACUUGAGAUAAAAAG